CAUACCAUUGAAGCCACUGAAAAUAGGAGUCCCUCCUCAUUCCCCCAUAGAUUUUGUGGCCUCACGGUUGAAUUGGUGAAUAUGGAAGAAGCCAACUUCAUCAUGAAGAAUUUGAGGGAUGAAUGGCCGGUAUUGGGGCAAAUCCAUCAGUCUUAUUUAGUCAAGUUUCAAUCAUGUGAACACCAGAAUGUGAAAACCGGAAUUGAAGAGACUGAGAAGAUGAUUGAGAAAUUGGAUCAAGAUGAAGAUCAGAUCAUUGAAAAGCUUAAGAAAAAAUUGUUAGAUCGAGACGAGCUGAAUUCAUUGUUGAAGACUCUAAGGUAUCGGGAAGAGGAUUUUGAAAGAAGUAUUGUUUGGAAGAGAGGGGAGUUGCACCCUCUGCAAGUAGCUCGAGACAAACUGUGUUCUGUGAACAAAGCAUACGAAGUGGGAACCAUUUGCUCCGGGGGAGAGCUAAAUACCUUAAGUCUUCAUCACCAAAUGCUGCAUAAGACCAAAAGUAUAGCCGAGGAGAAGAAGCUCCUUAGGGAAAUAAAAGUAAGCCAAACGGGGGCGGUUGAUCCAUGCUUGUCUAUGAAAAAGCUCAAUUCUAGAAUCAUGGGAUUGUACUCCGGGAUGCUAUGGGUAAGAAGAAGUUCAGCUGAGAGAAAGCAGCUGUUGGGAGAGAUCAAAGAGCUUGAGGUGGAAAGAGACAACAUGAUCUCUACUGCUAACUUGAAGGGAAAGGCUUGGGAUUCUUUGGGUUCAAAAGAAGCUAUACUAAACAAGAUCAAAGAUAUCAGCAUUGAUUUGGAUGGAACAAAGGAGAAGCACCUGUCAGUUAAGGCUGAAAUUAGGCAUGUUAAGAAAGAGAUGAGGGCCAUAGAUAAGUGUAUGAUUCCUUUACAGAAGAAAUUGGUAGCUGUAUACCGGGAAAAGGAUGUAACAUACAAACACCUCCUUGAACUGAGAAAACAAGAAGAUGAAGGGGUAUGAUGGCUUCCUUCUGAUUCACAAUAGCAUGUGCAAUGCAAAAAAAUUCCUUGAAUGAUGAAAUGUUUGGGACAGAGUUGACUUGGUAAAUAUGAAAGUUAUCAGUAUUCUAUCUGAAGUAGAUACAUUGAUGACUGCAGAUUAUUUUUACCAUUUCCUCUUCUCUUCAAGAACUUGAUUUAUCACCUUCUUAGCAGCAACUGAAAUCAUUUCCAACUUGAUUUAUUCUUACCGACCUGAAUUCA